AUGGCGCCACUGGGCGAGAUGAUAAGGCCCCGGCGGAAUUUUCGAUUCGUCCCAGAAUACCUCCGACGCAUCGGGAAAUGCCUGACCUUCGGCUGCAACCCGGAACAGACUCGCGUAGCCGCCUCUAUCAUCCGCGACAUCACCGAGAAGUCACACUACCUCAACGCCGCCGCGCAACUCUACUAUCUUCGCCCGGGCCUCGUGAUCCACCGGCUCCGUGUCCCGGCCGGCCCAUGGUUUCCGUGUUCCGAGCCAGAUGGCCGGACACAGCAGAGGGGGGAGACAAAUUGGCAGGAGCAAGCACAAUCGUCCGCUAUAAUCGCUGCGCUGGCCGAGAAGGGGCUUCCCCGACUCCUCCAAUAUGCCCACGAAGAAGCCCCUUCAGAGGUUCAAGACCACUGGGCCUCGUUCAUGAACAACAGCACCCAACAAGGCGGGUUCAGGUUGGGUUCGACUAACGUGCAAGUUCACAAGAUCCCUCAACUCCCGGACACCGUCAGCGUCUACGGCCGCUUCGCCCUGCGCUAUGCGCAGGGGAAAGCUAAAACGUUCGAGGUUGUGCAGACCAUCUGGUCGCAUUCGCAGAUGGUGCCGCUGGGCACGGUGACCUAUUCCCUGAAAUCCCUCGUUGACAGAAACCAGUGGCUACCGUAUAUCAGGUUACUAGCGGGGGAGACGGAGAAGGAGGCCAAGGAGGCAAGCGUCGAGCUGGAGAAGCUUGCAGAACGGGUCACUUGGCUCGAGAAACAGACGUGGGAUCGGCCGGAUGCCGUGGAAGAUAUGGGAGCCGCGAAGAAGUGA